AUGGGUUUUCGCAUACCAAGUAUUAUUAGAAGAGCAUCAUUUUCUUCAGCCCCUGCAGCUUCAAGGGGAACUGGAGUCCCAAAAGGCUAUCUUGCAGUCUAUGUUGGAGAUGAAAUGAAACGGUUUGUGAUUCAAGUAUCGCUUUUGAACCAACCUUUAUUUCAAGAAUUACUGAGUGAUGUAGAAGAGGAAUUUGGAUAUGAUCAUCCAACAGGUGGUCUCACAAUUCCAUGCAAGGAGGAUGAGUUCCUACGCCUCAUUUCUCGCUUGAAUCAGCUGUAA